AUGUUUCGGCAAAGAACAAGCUCACAAAAGCCGGGCGAUGACCUGUUGGCAAACUUCAGGCAACAAUUUCCUGAAGUUGCGGCGGUUACCUCAGAAGGGUCUGCCCCAACCAUUACCCAGCCAACUUCCACCGUCGACAACCCGACCAUCAAUCUUCCUCCCCAAGAUCCGAGGGCCCAAAAUGUUGAAAACGACGCAUUUCGAGAUCAAGAUCCGACGCCUCGAGCGUCUCAUGAGCCAUGGAGAUUUACACCCUCUCUCCUAGACCCGAACUCCUAUGCGUUUAACGCAUUUGCCAAUGCGCAACCUGGCUACUAUACGCCUACUCCAGGAGGUAACAACACCCUCUUUCACUCACAAGCAGGGGAUUUGCAUACGCCAACACUAGGAGCUGGAGGCAUAGGCACGCCGCUAUCCAUGCCAAACUCCGGUGACCCUCUCCAUUCCGGUGCUGCUGUCAUGGACAUGUCUGGAUUCCAAGCGUUGCAACCACAUCAGUUCCAUCACUUCAAUCCAUUCAUCCAGGGAGCACAACCUGUCCAACAAGCCUUUGCACCUACUUCAUUUGUUCAUCAAGACACUGGCUACGAGACUAUGGAACAGGAUGGUGUUAUGUUGGAAGCACCACCACCAGAGCACCGCGUGCCGUCUAUGGCGCCAACGGCCCUGCAGCAGCAAAAGAUUGUCAGUCGCAUGCAGAUGAGCCAUGCCCUUCCACCGAACGCCGAGAAAUUUCGCUUUCAUUCCACGCUAAAUGCACCUACCGCCAUGAUCAAACAUGCAGACGAAAUCCCAAUUACCUACCUCAACAAAGGACAGGCGUAUUCACUCUCUGUUGUUGAUACAAGCGGAACAGUUCCGGUGCAACCAGGUACCAAGUACAGAACGUUUGUGCGUGUGUCAUUCGAGGAAGAAGAGCAAAGACAGAAGCCCAGUGUUUGUUGGGGUCUGUGGAAAGAGGGCAGAGGCACCAAUGAGGCUCAUCAAAGAGGUGGCAAGCUUCAGGCUGUUGAGUAUGUCGAGGCGGGCCAGCCUGCAGAGACCGAUGAUAAGCGACCACGAAUCGAAGUGGAAAGCUCCUCCUUUGACGGGUUUUGCGUUACUUGGACUCCCGGAGCCAACGGUUCCCCCGAAAUUAACCUUGCUGUCCGAUUUAACUUUUUGUCCACCGACUUCAGUCACUCAAAAGGCGUCAAGGGUAUUCCUGUACGACUUUGUGCAAAAACCAGUCAAAUCCCCGCCGACGGCUCCCCGAAAGAGGCCGAAACGAAUCCCGAGGUUUGCUUUUGCAAAGUGAAACUCUUCCGAGACCAUGGAGCUGAGAGGAAACUUUCCAACGAUAUCGCCCACGUAAAGAAGUCUAUCGACAAGCUGAAGCAGCAACUUGCACAGAUUGAAAGCGGUAUGAAGGACGUGGGAAAACGAAAACGAAUAAGCAAUGCUGCCAAAGGAAGCGAUCCUCAACGACCAGGCAAGGUGCAGAAGCACAAACGGACCUGGUCCAUGUCUUCUGCUAGCUCUGCCGGAGCAGGUGGAAAUCGGAUGACACUGGAGGAAGACUUACAGAUCAAGUUGCAGACACUGCAAGACAUGUUUACGAGCACAAGGCCAAUCAGCAUACUUUACCUGCGAGGCGAGGAUCUCGACAACCCCGACCUCCAUCCCGUGUCUCUUCCCGGGGACAUGUCUCCUCCAAACAAGCUGGAGGUGUCCCGUGAAGGGCCCAAUUGGCAAGCUCGCAGCACGAAAUCCUCGGUCACUGGGUCAAUGAUUUCCCCGUCUCCCAGCUCCCUGUCCCUGGCCUCUCAGGCGUCUGGUAUGUGGCAAAAUAUCGAUAACGCUGCUUCGGGGAAGACGUUUGAACAACUAUCCCGAGUCACCCGUACAGAUGAGUCUGGUACGUUGAGCGGAUGGAUUGAGGCUCUUGGCGUCGAUCCGUCAUAUCGGCCUCCGCCGGAACAAGCUGAAAAGCCGGUUGCUUGCUUUUAUGUGCAAUAUCACGACAAGUCCGAACAAGAGAAGCCGACCUACCACCGGGCUAUUUAUCUCUCGAAGCGAACUUUGGAAGAAUUCCAUGGCAGGAUUGCCAGCAAAUGGGGCGUUGAACCAGCCAAGGUCUUACGGUCGAUACACGUACUACAGGGAGGAGGGUUGGAAAUUGAGAUGGACGAUGAUGUUAUUCGCGAGCUGAAGGAAGGUCAAGAUAUGCGCCUAGAAAUCGAGGAAGUUGUCGAACCGCCUACACAGACCAAGCGCGAAUGGGAGAUGUCGAUUGACGAAACAAUAACUGACAGCGACGACGUUGCGCCUCCUGCCAAAGGCUACGUUCUUAGGCUGAUUUUUUGA